AUGAAAUGUAGAUUAUUAGAAUGUGAAAUUGCCAAUCACCAAAAGACUCUCGAUGUAUACCGUACCGAUUAUGACCAAUUAAAAGAAAUGAUCGAAACAGAAGAGCUUACUACCAACUAUUCUUCGUCCACUUCUUCAUAA